UAAUGCGACAACGUGAGGAACGUAAAUAACUGAUCAACAAGCGUUGAUUUCAAUACAAUACCUCGUCUAUAACGCGAGUUAAUUAUUAGUUCACUCUUGUAUAAGUUGUAAUAUCAAAUCAUGCAAACUAUUUUUUUUAUUAUAGUGACCUUAUCUUAUUUCAUGUCCUAAACGCUCAACCUGUCGGUUGCAGAGUAUAUCCAGCCAGCAGCAGAAAAAAUUAAAUUAAAUGACUUAAAUUGUCGAGCCUCAGCUCCUGCCUCCAGGGAACGUUUUUGACAUUCGUUCAUUUCAUUCCUCACGAUUAAGAACACUAAAACAUCCAGGCUUCUGGACAGGAUCAGGAUGGCUCUGCAUUCACUCUUGGACUUGAGCUUGGGCUGUGUGGCGAGACACGCGGACCGCUUCCAUGGAGAUAUCAAGGCUUUGCCACUGGAAAUAAAGGACAAAUUGGUGCGGUUGAUGACCUCGCAUGGCAAGGUCAACGACUUUAACAUCAGUGAGCUGCUGCAUCCCUUGCUGACCACGCUGGACCUGCAGAACUGUGAGGUGUCAGACUCAGCCCUCCAGCAGAUCCACUGUCAUCAACUCAGGAGGAUACUGCUCCGACGCUGCCGCAGUGUCACCACUGAAGGUGUGAAGGCUCUAGCGUCGUCCUGUCCCGGGCUUCAGGUUGUGGACCUCAGCGGGUGCAGCUUCGUUACGGAUGAAGGUAUUCAGGCCCUAGCGACAGGCUGCAGACACUUGGAAGUGAUCUCCCUGAGGGGCUGCUCUGAGCUAAGCAGUGCUGCCCUGCUGGCACUUUCUCAGAACUGCAGACUCUUGCACAGCAUCUACAUCUCCGAGACCCGGGUGACUGAUGAUGGUGUUGUUGGACUAGCUACUGGACUGUGUUCCAACACUAUAAAGGAGCUGCAAAUGGCACGUUGUCAGUUCUUGACAGACAGGUCAGUGAUGGCGGUCCUGAGGAACUGUGGAAACAUCAGGAUCUUCAUUUUCCAUGGGUGUCCACUCAUCACAGAUCAUGCCAGGGAGGCUCUCCAGAACCUUACUGGCCCAGAUAAGAUCCAGCAAGUCUCUUGGACAGUCUAUUGAUGUGUCCCUGAAGAGGACUGCUAUCAGAGAUGCACAGAUUAAGCCUGGCUACAGAUCCACCUGACUCAAAAUGCACAUGUACAUUAAAUUUAAGCUUUGACCACAUUCCAGCACAAAAACAAAAACAUUUUUUGUUAAGGGUUAAAGCAUUCCAUGUUUAACAUCUAUAUGCUGUCCCCGUGUGGCCAGUCUCUAAUAAUGCUGACAUUGCCGGUCCAUCAGGAAAACCACACUAGCUGGUCAUUGAAAGGUGUUACUAACUGUAGCACUAUAGUGUUGUAAUAAUUUCUUCCUGGUCUGAUGUAAAGAUAAGCACAAAAUUUAGUUUAAUAAUUUAACACACUGAACUCCUGUCACCAUUAUGCAGAGUAUAAGGUGUAUGGGGUACAAAGGCUUGAGAGCAUCAAAAUGCUCUAUUGUUCAUCCAAAUGUUUCUCUUUUAUAUACUUUAUCAUAAUCACAUGACACUGGAAUGUGGCCAACUAAUCUGACAUGAAUACAAUAUCAGCUCAACACCUAGUCUCAGGGGCCCUGAAGAUAAACAUAAAUGUAUAGCAUGGUCAGAAUUUUACAGGACUUAGAAUGUAAAACAGGGAUGCUAUUAUUUUUACUCAUCUCUAUAUAGUUGAUUCUACCAGAUUUCUUUUUUUACUGGGAUAAACUGUGUUCUUUCUUAAAAUUCUAACUUUCAUUAAGUGGUGAAAGUAAUGUACAUCUUACUGGGACAAAAAAAGAAAAAUCAUAUAAUGGCCUCAGGCAGUUUAAAUAACUCUUUAUGGACAUAUGGAACAUUAAUAUUUGGACUUGUAUAACAAUGGCUAUACUGUCCAGAUAUGCUCUAAAUACAUUCCUGAUGUUUGCAACACUGUGUACUUUCUGGUUUGUUGACAUACUGAGUCAUUUAAGCUGCAUUUUGAGCAAAUUGUGUCUGCAUGUUCCACUGCUUUAAAUAUUUGUAGAAAUAUUUAGAAAAAUGUAAUUAAUUAAAGGUUUCAGAUCCAGGAAACAACAUUUAUAUUCUGGCAACACUGUUGUAACAUGGCAAUUAUAACGUGACCUAGUACAGUGUGCAGAAACAAACUACUGAUUGCUGGUCAGUGUGACAUUGUAACCCUGCUUGCAGUACAAUAACUUAACCCUUGUAGGAUGUAUGAUAUAAAAAUGUAUGUGUUCUUGAACAGAUUGCUCCUUCGUUUCUGAAUGGACUGCCAAAUGUGCAGAUCCACAAACAGGAUGUGAAACUACGCAUGGAUUAGGGAAUUGAGAAAAAACAUAACACCCUUCUUUCUCAUGCUGUGGUUUUUGUUCAGUCCUAUAUAUAGAGUGGUAUUAGUCUAGUGAUCUUUGGAGAGUAUUGCAUUACUAUCUGUCUCGCUGCUGCUGCAGCAUAAUAAAGACAGUUUGUGUUAGCAUCCAAACAAAAUGAAGCGCUUUUCAUGUAAGCGUGGAGAGCAGUGUAGGUCUUUACCUGAAUAUAAAUUUCUGUUUUGUACAUUUUUAAUUCCGCAUUUUUUGUGUUGUAUAUGAACCACUUUUAAACGUAAUGUUAAAAGGCAUUUGCACUGGCUAUUAAAAAGUUGCACGGUUAUACCUAAUCUCUUCAUUAAUCUUUUGUCCAAGGAUUAAUUAUAAAUUUCACACUACAGCAUUGUGUGCUUUCUG